AUGCCCGAGGAGGCACUCCACAUAUUCAACCAAAUGCGCAACUCCGACGCUUAUCCAAUCCCAGACCCAGUGGCGCUUGUCACCGUCUUAAACGCUUACAUUUCCUCAGGAAAGCUUCAUGAUGCAUGCCAAUUCUUUGAACAAAUGCCGCUCCCCACCCGCAAUGUUGUCGCAUGGAAUGUCAUGAUAUCUGAUAAACUCUCAAAAAUACUUCUAAGUGUGUACCCAAACAGAUUCUUUGCACCCUGUAAUGUAACUACAUUCCCUUCCCCUUCACAUGAGGAUGAUGCAAUUGAAAACAUUGUUGACAACCCCACCAAAAAUGAGGCUUCUAAUGAAACUUCCAAGGGAAAAAGCUUUUGGGGUGCUGUUGGUUUGAUCAUUGGUGCUACUGUGGGCCCUGGAAUGUUGGGCUUGCCAUCUUUGACCAUUAAAUCUGGCCCAUUUCCUUCAACAAUCAUAAUUCUUGUCUCUUGGCUCUAUGUCAUUUCCUCAAUCAUUAUUAUUGCUGAGCUCUGCUUUGAUUCAAUGGAAGAACAUGGGCUUGAAGAGGUGAGCUUCACAAGCCUUGCAACAAACACAUUGGGAAGUGGUUUUGGUGCAUUUGUUGUUGUGGUUUACUCCACUUUGUGUUUCUCCUUGCUAGUGGCUUGUGUUGCUAGUAUUGGAUCCAUUUUCUCUCCAUGGUUUCCAAGGGUGAAUAUUUUGCUUGUUCAUGCCAUGUUUCCUCUUCUUGUUGGAACAUUACUAGGCUUUUUCCCAUUUAGUACUAUUGAUGUUGCAAACAGGCUUUUGUGCUUCCUUAUGCUUUUCUCUAUAACUGGACUUGUUGCUAUUGGAAUAUUAAUGGCAAGAGAUAACAUAAUAAACUCAUUUGCUUUUGCCUCAUGGAGACUUUCAUCAAUACUUCCUAUGAUACCUGUGAUUGUGCUCACAAUGGGAUUUCAUGUCAUAACCCCUUUUAUAUGCAAGGUUGCUGGGAAUACAAUAGUUGAGGCUAGGAAAGCUAUACUUAUUGGUGGGGUUGUUCCUUUAGUUAUAGUUUUGUCAUGGAAUUUGAUUGUGUUGGGGCUUGUGGGGACUAAUAACACAAAAGCCACCUCUAGUGACCCUAUAUCCCUUUUGCUUUCUGUGAAUCCAUCUGCUUUAUCUUCAGUUCAAGGCUUUGCCUUCUCAGCUAUGGCUACUAAUUUGAUAGGAUAUGCUCUAAGCUUGCCGAAACAGCUUCUUGACACUUUGGAAUUGGUAUUUGGAAAAGUCAAAGGUCACAAUGUUGAGCAUAAUAGUAGUGGAAGAGUUGGAUUGGUCUAUUACUCAGGAGGGUCUUGUGCUGGUAAUUCAGGGAAGGUUUGCUUCAGAGGUUCAAGAAAUGUGACUGUGAUUGGAUCUGAAAUGAGAUCGAUUGAGCAAAAUUUUGGUCCAAUUAAAGUGCUUGUAACACUGUCCCUCCUUGGUUUCUCGGUGCUCAUAGCUUCUUUUUUUCAGUCAACAUUUUCAAGAGCCCUUGAUUUUGCUGGGGUCUAUGCUAAUUGCUUUCUGUUUGGCAUUAUUCCUCCCGUGAUGGCUUACAUGCAACAAUCUAAGAAGAAAAUCAGGUCAUCAUCAAUCAUUCCCGGUGGAAAUGGGACACUUUUGUUGCUUUUUGUUAUCUCUCUGAUUUUGGGAAUUUGGCAUUAG